GUGCAGCUAGCUGGCCCACCAGCCCAGGACACAGCCUCUCCCAGUGGCCAGUUUGGACUCCCUGGGACUAGCUACAGCUGGGCAUGGCAGAAUCUGCACAGGUGCCAACACUGGUCUACCUGGUCACAGGUGGUUGUGGCUUCCUCGGGGAGCAUAUUGUUCGAAUGCUGCUGGAGCGGGAGCCCAGGCUUCGGGAGCUGCGUGUCUUUGACCUGCACCUCAGUUCCUGGCUGGAGGAGCUGAAAACAGGGCCUGUGCAGGUGACCGCCAUCCAGGGGGAUGUGACUCAGGCCCACGAGGUGGCAGCUGCUGUGGCUGGAUCUCAUGUGGUCAUCCACACAGCUGGGCUGGUGGAUGUGUUUGGGAAGGCCAGUCCAAAGACCAUCCACAAAGUGAACGUGCAGGGCACGCAGAAUGUGAUCGAGGCUUGUAUACGGACUGGAACUCAGUUCCUGGUCUACACAAGCAGCAUGGAAGUUGUGGGGCCUAAUAUCAAGGGCCACCCCUUCUACAGGGGCAAUGAGGACACCCCAUAUGAAGCAGUCCACAGGCACCCCUACCCUUGCAGCAAAGCCCUUGCUGAGCAACUGGUCCUGGAGGCCAACGGAAGGAAGGUCAACGGAGGGCUACCCCUGGUGACAUGUGCCCUUCGACCCACGGGCAUCUACGGUGAAGGUCAUCAGGUCAUGAGAGAUUUCUACAACCAAGGACUGCGCUUUGGGGGUCGGCUCUUUCGAGCCGUCCCAGCUUCUGUGGAGCACGGUCGAGUCUAUGUUGGCAAUGUGGCUUGGAUGCACGUGCUGGUGGCCCGAGAGCUGGAGCAGCGGGCAGCACUCAUGGGUGGCCAGGUGUAUUUCUGCUAUGAUAAAUCACCUUAUAAGAGCUACGAGGAUUUCAACAUGGAGUUUCUGGGUCCCUGUGGACUUCGGCUGAUAGGCACCCACCCACUGCUGCCCUACUGGCUGCUGCUGCUGCUGGCUACUCUCAAUGCCCUGCUGCAGUGGUUGCUUCGCCCACUGGUGCUGUACACACCCCUGCUGAAUCCAUACACUCUGGCCGUGGCCAACACCACCUUUACUGUCAGCACCAACAAGGCACAGCGCCAUUUUGGCUACAAGCCCCUCUUCUCAUGGGAAGAGAGCAAGGCCCGUACCAUUCACUGGGUGCAGGCCUUGGAGGGUUCGGCCUGGUGACAGCAGGGCCAGGGACUGGAGGCCACUGUGGCACACACUCAAGGUCCUGAACCUUCAGAGCCUGGAUGGAGAGAAACGACUGCCUUCUGAAGCUAGGGGCUGGGGUGCCUGACUGGGUGGUAGGAACCGUGCCACGUUUUAACUACAUAGAUCUUGAGCCUGGGUGCUAUCCCAGCCUCCAAGUUCUAACAGGGCUUAGGAACAGGCCUAUCUUUGGUCCUGAGGCCUGCCAGCUGAGUGGCAAAGCUGAUCUAAAUGGUCUCACUGCCCUUCCCACUUCUGGUUUCUCAAGCAGGAAGGGGCUCACGCUGGUCUGCUUCCUCCAGGUGGUCUUCAGACCUGGCUUCAGCCACAUCUGGCUCUCCUUAAGGAGUUAUAGUUCUAACAUUAUUUAAAUGUGUAUCUCUUUUAGACAUUUAUCUUUUAAUUUGCUUUAAAGAAAGCUGAAGAAAUCAGUGAGUUUCCAUGUCUUCUCCAACCACAUUCAGUGCCUGUGAUAUUGUUAGCUUUCUGCUGAGGGGGCCAACCAUGUGGUAUCAGGCCAAGCCUGGAUUAAAAUUCUUUUCUAAGUC